GGGACCAAAAUAAUUCAGACUUAUUCCCUUCUUGCUUUGUUUAAGUUAGGGAGAGGGCAUUGUACUAAUUCAGACUCAUAAAGUCGAUGUAUAUUUUUAAAUAAGGAUCCCUAUUUAUUACAAAGUCAGAUCAUUAAAUUGAAGAAAGUGAAUGAGUCAUCUCUAUUGUUUUUGUUCCUUUGGUCUCCCAUGGGGUGGAUUUGAACCGAUGACUUACUCUAAAUUCUAUCACCUCCUCCAUCUUCCUUUUGUUUCUUACUAAUAUCUGGCUGCUGCCACACUUUACUUUACAAUGGAAAAUGUUGAAAGAAAUGGUCUGGGAAAUGCCUCACGCAAACAUUUAUUAAAUGAAAAUGGAACUGUUCGUAACUCAAUAAUAUUCAUUAAAAAAAUGAGUUUUAUGACAUCGACUUCAGCCAGCCAACACUCUUUCUAUAGAAAGUAGUCUUACACAAAGUGGUACCAAACUAGUAUAUAUUUAGAAUGUAUUUCCAUUUCAAUGCAAUUAUAAACCAAACUCAUCUCCAAGCUAUUGGUCGUUCAGAAACUUGUUCAAGUACUCUAAUGGCUUUGAGCUCAAGCUUGUUUCACUACUGCGGGCUCUGCAUCUUUGUUUUGAUUGCUUGUUUUACUAGCCCAAUUGUCUCUAUUGGCAGUCAUGAAAAAUCUCAAGCUGCCCUCUUCGUGUUUGGUGAUUCAGUGUUCGAUCCUGGGAAUAAUAACUACAUCAAUACCAUUACUGACUUCCAAGCAAAUUUUCGGCCAUAUGGAGAAUCAUUCUUCAAGCACCCUACUGGAAGGUUCUCUGAUGGACGUCUCAUUCCUGAUUUUAUCGCUGAAUAUGCUAAAUUGCCAUUGAUUCCAUCAUAUUUCCAAAUUGGCAAGCAACAUUUUGUUCAUGGGGUAAACUUUGCAUCAGGCGGUUCUGGUGUUUUGGUCGAAACCCUACGUGGCUUUGUAAUAGAUCUUAAAACACAGUUGAAACAUUUUAAAAAAGUGGCAAAAUUGUUGAAGAAGAAGGUCGGGGCAACAGAGUCCAAACGAAUCAUCUCCAGUGCUGUAUAUAUACUUAGCACUGGCAAUAAUGAUUUUUUGAUUCCUGUUUUAGCAAAUUCGCCUAUUCCAUAUCCUGAGAGGGAAUAUCUACAGAUGAUUAUGGGCAAUUUGACAUCUGUUUUGAAGGGAAUUUACAAGAAAGGAGGGAGAAAAUUUGUCAUGUUUACUGCGGCUCCCUUAGGUUGUGUCCCUAUAAUUAGGGCGCUUAAUGUUCAAAAGGGAGUUAAGAAUGGCAAUUGCAUAGAGGAGGAGAUCACAAACUCGGCGAAAAUGUAUAAUUCAGCUCUCCCAAAAAUGCUCAAACAACUGGAGAAGCAAUUGCCUGGAUUUAAGUUUACAAUAUUCAACUUCUUCAAUGUAUUUGCUGAAAGCAUUGAUAAUCCGACAAAAUAUGGUUUUAAGACAUCAAAGACGGCUUGUUGUGGGUCGGGUCCAUUUCGAGGGAUUUUUAGUUGUGGAGGCAAGAGGCACGUAAAAGAGUACGAGUUAUGUAAGAACGUGAAAGAUUACUUGUUUUUCGAUUCUGUUCACCCGACUGAGCUGGCCUACGAACAAUACGCUGAAUUACUGUGGAACGGAACAACAGAUGUCGUUGCACCUUACAAUCUAAAAUCCUUUUUUGAACUUUCAACAUAACGUGAUGGUGGCAAGAUGACUUCAUAUCUCAGUCCUUCGUACUUGAACAAAGUUGAGAAAUUAGUUGAAUCAUGCAAGGUACUUUCCAUUUGUAUAUGCAAUAAAAGAAGGAUCUGUAAAAGAAUAUCCUUUUUAUGUUGAAUUAUGUCAAAUUUCCAUCCCACAUCGGUGGGUUAAGGAGUUGGUGGGA